GGUGAAAAGUUAAAAUGGUUGCAGAAAUACUAAAUGUCACCGAGAAAGCAGUCUUCGACAACGCUAUUAUUAACGCUGAUAAACAUACUCAUCAACCCUAUGCUAAUUCAACUUUUAAAAAUAAUGAUACCAUACGCAUUCCAAUAGAAAAUGAAGAUGUUUACACCUUACCUUGCGGUAGUUUCCUAUACAUAGAAGGACGUUUACUGAAAAAGGAUGGAACUGUACCAACUAAUACUACUUUUAUCAAUAACGGAAUUCUAUACCUAUUUGAUGAAAUUCGAUAUGAAUUGGGAGGAAAAGUUAUUGAUCGAGUCCGAAAUCCUGGUAUGACUACAACAAUGAAAGGCUAUGCGUCUUACAAUGAAAAUGAAAGUAAACGUCUCAUUAAUAGUGGAUGGUUGCCUCCUGCUUUAGGUGCUGUAAAAGGAGUUGCCCUUCAUACCAGAAAUCUGAUUGAUACAAACGGUUACUUCAACGUUUGUAUUCCUCUUCGUAUGAUUUUAGGGUUUGGAGAAGACUUUCGAAAAAUAAUACUCAACAUACGACAAGAAUUAGUUCUAGUUCGCAGCAGUACUGACAAUAAUGCCCUCUUUUGCUCAGCAACACCGGCUGAAGAGGUUGAUGUCCAUUUGGAUCAGAUAUGUUGGAAAAUUCCUCAUGUAUCUGUUGCUGACGCUGAACGUUUGAAAUUAUUACGUUACGUUGAUCGCAAUUUAAAUAUGGAACUUUCUUUUCGUAGUUGGGAACUACAUGAAUAUCCCUUACUUAACCAAUCAUAUUCUCACAACUGGGCUGUGAAAACUACAUCACAGUUGGAAAAACCUCGCUUCAUUAUUUUCGGUUUUCAAACCGAUAAAGAUUUGCUGUUUUGUACGAAAUGUAUGUUAAUUUUCAACAAUCGUAUUAUGGUAAUGUAAGUGAAC